GCUUCUAUAGUCCUCUCUCCCUCUAACACUUCUGAGCAGAUCCAACAGAUACAGCUAACGAACAGGACACAAUGUGGCUGUCUAUGCUUUCUGUGUGGGGCAGUCUGCUAACAUUAGUGGCACCUCAGAGCUGCCCGGAUCCAUCUGAGAACAGUGCUUCAUGGGUGAGGUUAAAGCCUCUAGGGCAGUGCAAGGACGGGGAAAGUACAUGCCCUUACCGCAUCACUCUUCCUCCUCUUACUGUUCAGCUCCCCAAGUCCUUCAGGGAGCUGGAGAAGAUGGCCAGAGAACUGCAAAGCCUGACACAGAUGGUGAACCAGCUUAAAGAAGACUGUCGUGAGUGUAAGGAGAGGCAAGGAAUGGACUGGAAUAUACAGACAGAUGAUAAAGUGGAGAAUGUAGAAAGGGUUCAAGCUUCUAGGGGCACUCUCAACACCAAGGAGAGACAGCAGGACUUAGCCAAGAGAGAGAGUACAGUUCAAGUAACCACUUCAAGAUCUACAGUGGAAGACACUAUGAUCAUCAGCAGCAAUGCAAAGGAUAUAAAUCCAACAUCCUUCGGAAAACAAAGGAAUACCAAUCAGGAGAGGAAUGUAAAUCCACGUACCACUAAACCAAGGGCUGAGACCAAUGGCGGGCCAAAAGGAACUAAACCGUCACAAGAAAAAACUAUAAGCGAGAGUAUGAGUAAGGUCAGAAAGGGGCCCUCAAUUACAACCACAAACAAGAAGAUCAUACAGUCUCCAAUGGAUAAACUGGCUGAAUCAUCUUUUCCUGGAGAUCUAGACAGUGAACAACCUACACAGCAUGAAAAACAUAAGGUUAACACAAUCAAAGUUGGACAUGAGAUGUACCCUAGUGGAACCCUGACUGCAAAAGGCAAGUUGAUGUAA